AGCCCAUCUCACAUAGGCUGCAAACGGCCCUAUACCGUGGGCCGAAAGAUAUGCAAUGGGCCUGAUUUAGGGCUGUAUUCUUACAGUCUUUUGCUUAUGGUGACCCAUGGGCUCUUCCACCUGCAGUCUAUGUUCGCUCAGAAAAAAGAACUGCUUUCUAUGUUCUUCUCUUCCGGUUCCCCUUCUCCGAUCUCUCUCGUCCGUGACUCCGAUCCCGUGGCGCUUGGCCCGGACUCCGGCGAGCUGACAGUGCUUGUGCGGCGAGCUCGCGGGCGGGAUGGAAGAGGCAAGCACCUCGGCUAACGGAGGCUCCGCCGCGGGCGGCGGGCGCUCCUUCCCGCCGGCGAGAUCGGGAGUAUUCUAUAAGUUCACCCAGCAAGAUCUUCCAGCUUGGAAACCGGCAAUGACACCAGGAUGUGUGAUAACUAUUUUCUUGUUGAUCGGAAUUACUUUUGUACCUGUUGGGCUAGUUUGUCUUCAAGCUUCAAACAGUGUUGCGGAAAUAGUUCACCGCUAUGAUAUUGACUGUGUACCUGAUGCUUACAGAAGAAAUAAGCAGGCUUAUAUUAAAGAUAGCUUGAUUUCUAAGAAAUGUAUUCAAAAAGUGAAGGUUCAAUAUCAUAUGAAAGCUCCAAUUUAUGUGUAUUAUGAACUUGACAACUUUUAUCAGAAUCAUCGUAGGUAUGUCAAAAGUAGAAGUGAUAAGCAACUACGCCAUGGGAUGAAAUACACGGAUAGCUCAUGCGGUCCUCUAGAAAGGAACAAUGGCCUUCCGAUUGUUCCUUGUGGAUUGAUUGCCUGGAGCUUGUUCAAUGAUACUUUUGGUUUUACCCGCGGAUCCAUUGGAAUAAUGGUUGAUAGGAAAAAUAUUUCAUGGAGAAGUGAUCGGGAACACAAAUUUGGCAAGGAUGUUUAUCCUUUCAACUUUCAGAAUGGAUCCUUAAUUGGAGGAGGGAAACUUGACCCUGAUAUACCACUGAGCAAUCAGGAAGAUCUUAUUGUGUGGAUGCGUGCUGCUGCUCUUCCCCAAUUCCGAAAGCUCUAUGGUGUCAUUGAAGAUGAUCUACAAGCUGAUGAAACCAUUGACAUCCACAUAACAAAUAAUUAUAAUACCUACAGUUUUGGUGGAAAGAAAAGCCUAGUUCUUACAACGUCAACUUGGCUAGGUGGCAAGAAUGACUUUCUUGGAUAUGCAUAUCUUGUCACCGGUUCAGCGAGCAUUUUCUUGUCCAUUCUAUUUGCUCUGAUUCAUGUGAAAAUUCCAAGGCCACAUGGUGAUGCUGCUUACCUAUCUUGGAGCCGGAAAAGCAGCAAUUAGCUGAGGUUGUUUGUCUAAGGUAGAACCCGGGGGUUUCCAUUCUUCUGAAAGAACGCAACCAGCUCGUGCUUCGAAACAGAACUGGCAAAGUAGCAGCUUCAGGUUCAGGUUCAUCCACAUGCUUGGAUACUGAAACGUUCGUUGACUUCUGAGGAUAGUUGGCCGUGGUUGACGGACAUGUUCGUGCAAUGUAGGCUUGCGCCCUGACGCAUCUUCCAAGAAGAGUACUGUCAUAUGGAUUGAUAUUUGUAAAGUGGUGUACGGUGAUCACGAUGUUGUUAGGUAAAAGAAAAAACGGUCCCUUGGUGCUGUAACUUGUAUAUGGAUGUCUUUCAUUUCACACAGGAAGCAAAGCAUAGACUACCGCAUACCGCA